AUGGACUCCCGCAACGUCUCCAUGGGUCAGAAGCUUCGGACGCUCAUUGCGCCCAAGCCCAAGCUCCCCAGCCGCAACCCCGAGAGACGUCGGCACGAUUUGCAAGAAUCCUCCGGAGACAAGAGCGGUCAGAGCACAAAUUUGGACGACGUUCGAUCGGGUCGUCCUCGCCACCGCCUAACGUCUGAGUCGACGGAGUCAGUCGCCACCAUCCGCGAGCCUCGACGGCGCACGACCAGCCAAGAUAGCGUGCGCACGGUGAAGGGCGUUCUGGCCGCCCCGCCGCGGACAAGGAAGGUAUCGGGCGCCUGCCCUCCUCCGCCCUCCCUUGUGAAGCCUCCGGCGCCAGUCCUCGGGGUCACAGCGACGCACAACCACGGCGAGUCAAGCAAGUCGGAGAGGGUGAAAGAGAAGAGGAAGGCAGCCGCGCUGGAUUUUGAACCCUCCGCACAGGAGCCGGAGAAGCCCGCCCGCAAGACAAAGGGCCUGAAGAGGGCGAGGAAAUACCGCGAUUUGUCAGCGUAUGGCCAGGAAGCUGCGGUGGAAUUUCCUACUUCGGAGUCUUCGGUAUCUGUCCUUGAAGUCGAGGAGGAUCUCAGCGAGGAAUGGGCCAAGGGUCGGCUCUCGCGCCGGUUAUCGGACAACGACGAAGAUAUUAUCCGGAGCAUUGUUUCGUCGAUUGUUGAGGAUGCCGAGAUCAAUGGAGAGGCGGUCGAGGGGCAGGACGGCUCCUGUCUUUUCGAUAUCGGCAACCUUCAGGAAAUUCCUGGCCUCGACGAGGACACAGAGGACAAAGGAAAGCAGUCUUGCAGAUCGUCUUGGCUUGAUGCUGGCACCUCCUCCUUAUCCUCAUGCCGCUUCAAUGUCGCUAUCAAACCCAAGGACCGACACUGCACAAUGUGGGACAUCGAUUUCGACGACGUGUAUGCAUGGUCCGGUGUUAUUUACAUCACCGAUAACAAGCCGUACGCCGGGCCCCCGCGAGAAAGCCCUAUUCAUGACUUGGACAUUGAGUGGUGGAUGGUCGAUGCCAGCUACGCGAGCGAGCCAGAUAUGCGGCCAGACUACUCCACUGCGUUUGCCGGCCAAAUGCUCGCGCCGUCCCAGCUCGUGGAGCGCUUCGACCCGUCGCUGGGCAUUUGCACAGAUCUUGGCUGGGUGUACCUGCCGUCCAACCUGUCUAACACUGGUGCCGGCGGCUCGUGGGCGCUGCGCUUCUGGGUCCCUGUGCCGAUGGCAAUCUUCAGAGGACGCGAGUGUUGCAAGUUCCAGGUCCAGGCGAGAAUCGACUUUGGCACGUGGGGAUCUACGUAUGCCAUUGUGCAGUCUCCUGUGGAAGACAUUACGAUGGAGCAACUUGUAACGGAGAAGGAGAUGGGGAAGCAGGCGGGUCGGUUGCGGUCGUGA